AUGACUUUGAUCGUAUGUACGGUGAAAAUUGAGGAAGUAUGGGAUUUUAACACUAAUGUGGAAAUAUAUGAGGACUUCACUAAGAAACAAAUAAGGAGAUGCAAAAAUGAGUUCUUGAACAUACUAUGUCAUGAAGUACUUGAUGACUUUACAAUCCCUGAGUUUGACAAUGUUGAAGAGGUUUUUUAUUUGAAUUCGGAAGCAACCAAGUUUGAUGUAGUAGCUGGUACUAAAGAAAUGUCAACUGAAAGCGAGCAAGAUGAUGUGGUUCAAUGCAAGUACAACACACACUAUCUUAAGGUUAAAUGGAACAAAAUGAGACCACUUUGCAAAGAGAUGUAUGAAUCACCACACCAGCAUAAACUAUGUUUAACGAAUUAUGCCAUAAGUAAUGAUUCUCAUAUUAGGUUCAGGAAAUGUAAUAUUGUUAGACUAGUUGUUGUAUGCGCUAGUGAUCUAGAAAUUUUCAAUGUUCCUUUAUUGUGA